CUGCGAGAUUGAGAUCAAUCCUGCUGAAUCGUUCAUCGUUUUCAUCGAUUUGCUGGAACCCUAGCUCCUCUGUUCAUUCAUUGAUUUGCUGAUUUAUCCUCCUCUAUUUUAAUGAUGUCUACUACUGUCGAUGGAGUUCGUAUCUGUCCAACUACUGGUAAUCAGUAUUAUACUCCUAUUGUUCCAGAUUCUUCCAAACCUGUAGUUGGUAUGCAUUUCCAGUCAAUUGAUUCUGCCUUUAAUUUCUAUAAGAAGUAUGCUAAGUUAUCUGGGUUUGAGGCUCGAAAGCAUACUCAAUCUUCAAAAAAUGGUGUUGUGAUUAGAAAGUACUUUGUUUGUGCGAAAGAGGGUUCAGCGACAUCCUGUGCUGUUGACACGGUAAAUGAUAGUGUUGGUGCUGAUAAAAAGUUAAAUGACCGAAGGAGGAGACCUUCUAAACGUACCGGAUGUAAGGCACACAUCCGUAUGUCUUUAACUCCAAAAAAUACUUAUAGAAUUUCUCAUGUAUUUGAGGAGCAUAAUCAUUCUUUUGUUGAUGAAGAGGAUUAUCAUCUUUUAGCUUCGGCUAGAAAGUUGACAUUCACUGAAGAGCAACUGCUUUCUGAUUUUUCUGAGAUGAAUAUUGGUCCAGUUAGGGCAUUCAACCUUAUGAGAAAGAUUCGUGGUGGAUUUGAUAAGGUUGGAGUGACGUCUACUGAUUGUAAAAAUUUUAAAAGAGAUAUUAAUUUGUUCAUUGGAGAGUUUGAUGUGGAUAUGGCUGUCCAACGUCUUAUGAAGAAGAAGCUGUAUUUGCCGAAUUUUUCUUGUGAAUUUUAUUGUGAUGAAAAAGGUGCUCUUGCUGGAUUAUUUUGGGCUGAUGAAGAAAUGAAACUGAAUUAUGAGGUCUUUGGGGAUGUUAUGUCUUUUGAUGCUACGUUCCGUACGAACAGGUAUGACUUGGUAUUUGUUCCGUUCACUGGAAUCGAUAAUCAUCAUCACAAUGUCACGUUUGCUGGUUCUUUGUUAGCAUCUGAAACUGCUGAAUCAUAUAAAUGGCUUCUUCAAAGUUUUUUGAAGGCUUUUGGUGUUGCACCUAAGGUGGUUGUGACUGAUCAGGACGCUGCAAUGAAAAUUGCCAUCCGAGAUGUUUUCCCAGAUACCAGACAUCGUUUGUGUAUGUGGCAUAUAAUGAUCAAAGUUUCUGAAAAGGUUGGUACUGAGCUAUCAUAAGAUGAGGUUUUUAAAGAAGAUAUAUGUGAUGUUGUAUGGACUGAUGCUCUUGAACCAGCACAGUUUGAGACACAAUGGUGUGAUUUAAUGAUUAAGUACAACCUUACUAGUAACAGCUGGCUGUCUGAUAUGUACAACCUCAGAUCAGAUUGGAUUCCUGCAUACUAUCGUCAUGAACAUAUGUCCGGUCUUAUGCGUACAACAUCUAGGUCUGAGAGUGAAAAUCAUUUUUUUGGUCAAUUAACCAACACAAAAUUGUCAUUAGUUGAGUUUUUGAGCCAUUUUGAUACUGCAAUGGAAUCUCAGAGGUUUAAGCGCAGCAAACGUGAUCAUGAUACCAGAUACACACAACCUCGCAUGAAAACCAAUUAUGAAUUGGAACUGGAAGCUGCAAAGAUUUAUACUCGGGGGAUAUUUUUUGAUGUUCAAGAAGAAAUUCGACUUGCUUGCAAGAAUUGUAUGUGCAGGCGUGAAGAAGAAGUUGGUGAUUCAAUUAAGUUUUAUAUUCUACAGGUCAAUCUUCCUGGCCUUCAUGAGGUUCUUUUUACUCCUAAGGAUAUGGUAAUUAAAUGCAGCUGCAACCGAUAUGAGCAGUAUGGUUUGCUAUGUAGGCAUGCCUUUUGUGUUCUUCGUCUUUGUGGUAUAAAGGAGUUCCCUAAAAAAUAUGUUAUGAGGCGUUGGACAAGAGAUGUUGUUCCAAAAAAGAAAAAAGUUUCGAGUUUUGAUCAAAAUGCUGCUGGUAAUCAAGUUGAACGUGCUUCCAGCAUUGUGCGUGAGAUAAUGACUGCAACUGAACAUAUUGUUAACCGUCUUGUUACAAAUAUUGACCUGUUAUCGUUGUAUAGAGACCAAGUGAUCGAGUCGAAGUUGAAGGUUGAUUCUGCUGACCUUCCUGCAGAAUCACUUGACAAGAAUGCAAGAUUAGCUAAUAUUCUUCAUGCUGAUCAGCCAUGUUCAUCGUCUUCUGCUACCAUUCUUCCACCUAGUGGUAUUAGAAACAAGGGGUGUGGUUCAAACAAACGCUUAAAGUCUUUUCGUGAGGUAUCAUCUUCAAGAAUAUCAAAGAAAACUAAAACUAGAUGUUGUUUGAUAUGUGGAGGUCAUGGACAUAAUAGUCGGACUUGUAAGAUGAAGACUACUAUUGCUGAUUCCCAGAAGAGUAGUUAGUCGUGUGUCUUGGAAAUCAUGAUAUUUGGAUUUGUUAUUUUUUUCAUUUCAGUUUGGAUUUCUUGUAUUCUUAUUAUGUUUACAACAUUCAACCAGCACAUUAUUAGUU